AUGGGUCUCAAUAAAGCGAUUGCUGGCUAUUCAGAGGCAGAGCUGAUCCAAACGAUUCAAAACAACUUAAAUCAAUGCCAGACAUUGAUUAUGAAGAGAAGCCAAACGUCCAAAGAUAUGGGUUUCAACUGUUAUUACAUGUUUAACGUUAACUAUACUCAAGGGUUGCAACAAAUCCUGGGAACCGAUGCUUUAAACACACAACUCAAAGGUAUAAGUGAUGGAAACCAAAGACUAAAAGGUGUCAGAGCUUUGGCCGAAAUCACAAACCAUAUGCUCUGCGAUGAAAUCGGGUUCAGAAAUAAUCAUCGAAACGAUUCGGUCGAGUGUUUGCUUUACGAAAAGCUGGGAAUCGGAACCGAAGUAGUGCUGGAAUUCCAAGGAUUGGAUGCAAUGAUGAUUGGAUGGCAAUUAGAGGAGAAUAUUAAGAAUCCAAUCGUCGGCAAAGUUGUCGGAGAUAUCGAGAAUUUGUAUAAACAACUGUUUGCCGGAUCUCAAGAAUGUGUGCAGAGCUUGAGAGGCAACGAAUAUUGUCGUAAUGUUAAGGCCAGUCCAUCGCCCGCUUGCGGUGCGUUCGCCAACAAUGAUUUGCCCGAAGAUCCGCACCAACUGUUGGAUAGAUCUGAGAAUUGGGUUGUCAUCAAAGACGCGGCGAACGCACCGCAAGCGGGCGAUGGACUGGCCUUUAAGAUCACAGGUAGUGGUGAAGUCCAGAUGACUAAUAAUCGUGAACCCGUCCAGACUUUAAUGCACGUCGACUCCACUCAACAAAUGUGGCUUUUCUUUGAUCUCAACGGCAGUACUCCUAAACCGAUAGUUUUAGGCACUUGUGAUAACAAAACGCCUGAAAAUGUUGGCAAUUGUGCACAAGUGAUGGACUCUCGGAAUAGCCAGCAAACGUCGCGUCCCAUUACUACACAAAAUAAUGGUUUGACUGUAAGACUGGCCCCAAACUCGUCGAGUUCUCCCAAAUUGAACAACACUAACAGUAACUCCGAGCCGUUGAAUGCAAUGGGAAAUGAGUGAAAUGUUUGCCACCAACAGCCCAUUAAUAGCGUAUUAAACAUGUGCGGACACGUGUGUAUGUGUUACGAGUGUGCGGUCAAGCAAUGGCGAGGGCCCGGGUCGGGACAGUGCCCGAAAUGUCAGGCCGUCAGUCGAGGUGUGAUUCGCAUAAAUUAGAAAUCGGAGUUUUUUUAUUAAUAUAUUGAAUGUUUUUUAAGUUCUUAUUUUAAAAGUUUCUUAAAUGAAAAUAUGUGAAUGAAUUUUUGUGAUUAUAUUUUCAUUAACCAUUUGAUUGUGAAUAACGAGUAGUAAUAAAUCAAUUGUGAACUGAUUUCACUCACAAACCGCUUAAUAAAAUACUUUGUUUUUAAUUUCAAAUAUAUUUUUCUC